AUGCGAUUCAUCGGCUUCGUUGCUCUGUUCGUGGUCACCUUAGUUGCGUGUUGCUUCAGUGUGGCCAUUGCCGAGAACGUUUCCGCCUCCUCCAGCAAGGACAACCAUGGCCGCCGUUUUAACCCUAAAAAGAUUGCGGAAAGCGCUACUCAUUUUCUCUCCGGACAGGUUGAUGACCAAAUGCUGAAGAAAGCCGCGAAGCUGCUCAAUACUGCUAACGGUGACGAAGCUGCUAUCAAGAAAGCUCUAGAUCUUGCUGCUCUAGCGAAGGCCACAGCGAAAGCCAGUGAUGACGAAGUGGCCAAGAUAACGGCUAUGGUGAAGGAGGCCAGGAGAGACGAGGCUCGUGCCAUGAGGUUUAUCCUCGGGUUUGCUCGGAAGAAGACCACUGACGAAUCUACGGGCUUAUUAUCGAAAAAGAUUGCGGAUACUGUGAACAAGAGCCCUUCAUCUUGGGAUCGCCUCAAGAAGUUUGCCUUGGUUACACUGGGUACUACCGCCGAUGGAUUCGCCAUCUAUGGUGCUUACAAGCUAUUGAUGGACAAAAAUUAUCAAACCGGUGCUACGACGACUGGUUAG